AUGAGGCCUUUUGCCUUAUUGCAUCCAAGAGAAAAAGAUGAAUCCCAGCAGCUCUCCUGGAGCCAUCUUAGGAAGUUUGGUCAGGGUUCUCCUUGCUGCCUAUGCUCAAAACAUCAUGCUCUGAUUGGGCAACACAGCCUCAGUAUGGGCUGCCAGUGUUUCCAUCAAUACACAAAGGAUAUAAGCUUCAUUAAGUUGGAUUAA